AUGGAAGAUCGUAACAUAACCGAUGCGGAUCGACAGUGUCCCGCGCAGGUCGACUACACCGGAAACGUGAAACAAUCCAAGGAUCUCAAGGAUCUCAAAGCGGGUGAUCAAAUCAGUAAAAAUUGGAAAGUGGUUCGAGCAAUCGACGCCGAGAAGGGCUUCAACACAAUCUAUGUUGCCGAGCACGUGAAGAAGAAGCAGCUGGCGGCGGUGAAGCUUGAAGCCAAGGGGGAGCCCAAUCAGUUGCUCAAAUUCGAAUUAUUCAUUUUGCUCAAAGUCGAGCAGAAGAAGUGUAAGCAGUUUUGCAAGGUUUACGAGAAGGGUAAUGAGCCUGGCUAUAACUGGAUAGCCAUCACACUGUGCGGCAAAAACCUGAGGGCGCUUCGCAAACGACAACCCGGUGGAAAAUUGUCAUUGGCUUGCGGUUUGAGUGUCGGACAACAAUGCUUAAAAGGAAUUGAGGAAUUGCAUAAACUCGGAUUUAUUCAUCGACACGUGGCACCGUCGACAUUUGCGAUCGGUCAUUACAACGGCUCAAAUUCGGAGGAGCUCAGAAAUAUUUACUUGCUCGAUUUUGGUUUUGCCCAUCAGUAUAUGAAACCCGAUGGGACUUUGAAGCCGCCGAAUCCGAAACCAUGGAAAUAUGUGGGAAGCUUGCGACAUAUGCCUCGAAGCGCGUUCAAAUGGGUGGAGUUUAGUCGAAUGGAAGACCUCGAAAUGUGGUUUUAUAUGACAGUUGAACUUGUCAAAGGCUGCCUUCCUUGGGUACAUUUGAGGGACGCCAAAGAGGUCUUCGAAUACCAGAAAUUGUGUCGAAAUGGGCUGCCGAUGAGGGAACUGCUUGGCGGAUUACCUGCGGAAUUUGUGGAUAUCAUGAGAAAUAUUGACAAAUUGUCAUUUAAAGAUGAGCCAAACUACACCGAAAUUUAUGGUCUUCUGACGAAUGCAAUUUUGUUUAGCGGAAAAUCGGAGUUUCCCUAUGACUGGGAGGCGCAGGAAAUUGACGAAUUCAAAAAUCCGCCAAAACCUGCUCCUGCCGAGGAGGAGAAGAAAGAUGAAAAGAAAUGA